CUAUAAAGGCUGCAGAUAACCCGUGUUGAUGAUGAACGUCUCCUUCUCACAACACUUCAUUCCAUUCAUCCCUCAAUUUCAAUACCUUCUCCUCCGCUACAUCAUCUCACUACUCCGUUUUCUCUCCUUCUCUCAUAACAAUAACAACAAACAACAUGGCUUCGAUACGCCAACUCAACCAAGCUGCUCCCUUCUGGGACUUCCUCGCUGAGAUUGAAGAACGGGGGUCCUCCCACCACCAUGGCCACGACAACGAUGCUACCGACAACGAAGAGCGGUGGCACAGUCGCGGAGGUCGCCGCGGACGUCGUGGUCCUCACCACCGCCGUCACCGCGAGCCCACCCCGGAAGACGACGAAGACGACGAAGAAACAAUCCACGAACUCGAGCUAGAGGAAUCAUCCUCGGACAGCUCCGACGAAGAAAACGAUGAACCCCGCGGCCCCAAGCCACACCACGGCCGGAAGGGUCACGGAAAGCACGGCAGGUUCCACGGCAAGGGACAUGGCGGUCCUGGUCGUCGUUGCCACAGCCCCGGACCAGGUGGUCCCAGAGGCUUCGGACCCCGAGGCGGCCCUGGUCCUUUCUCGGGCCACAGAGGACCCCACGGUUUCGGCGGCCCAAGGGGUAAAUUUGGCGGUCACCACUUUGGUCCCCGCAGGGGCUGCGGUCCUCACGAAGACGUCGACUUCCUUGAGCCCUUCGGCCCUCACAGAGGCCCUCACGGCGGAUGCGGUGGUCGUGGCGGUCAUCACGGACCGCACCCGUACUGGGGAGGACGCAAGCACAUGCGCGGAUUCAAGCAUGGCGGACGAUGCGGUCCUCUCCCGCCUCCUCCGGGCUUCUUCGGACCCUGGAGCCGAUUCGGUUUCGACAACAAGAACAACACCGAGUUCCAGCCCGAAGUAGACGUCUACGACACCCUCGACGCUUUCCUCAUCCACGUCUCCCUGCCCGGUGCCAAGAAGGACGCGGUGGAAGUCAAGUGGGAUCCGCGCAAGUUCGAACUCAACAUCUCCGGUGCUAUUGAGCGCCCCGGAGAUGAAGAACUGCUGAAGGCCCUGGCGCUGGACGAGCGUCGGGUGGGUGCCUUCGACCGCAAGGUCCGCCUGGGCAGUGCUGCCCACCCGGUCGAGCUGAAUGCCGACGAAAUCACGGCGGAGAUGGAGAAUGGACUCCUCAGUGUGCGGUUGCCCAAGGUGGAAUCGGAUGUGGUGAUGGUGACCAAGGUUGAUAUUCAGUGAUUGGGACUGCUUUCGGGUUACUUGCUAUGGAAGUGAG